UGUCCACACGGUUAUUUAUUUGAAAGCUUUACGAAAAAAUUAACUAAAAAUAAAUUUGUUAAAAAGAAAGAAACGUAACGGGGGAAAAAAAGAAAAAAAAAACUAAUAAAAGAAAAAACACCUGAAUUUUUUCUAAAUUUAUUACAAUUUUAAUUUAAUUUAUUAUUUUUUCUUUAUUGACAUUCUAUUAUUAAAAUUGGUUUUUUGAAAGAAAUAUAACAGUAUUUAAUCAGUGAUUUUAAUACGCAAUAAAACGAAAGAAACAAAAAGAAGGAAAAUUUAUAAUAAAUUUGUAAAGGAGAACAUAAUGAUUUGAAUAGUUUGCGGAUUCUAGUCCGCUUUAUAAAUUAUAUUUAGAAAAAAUAAUUUAAAAGUUGUGAAUUAUAAAAAAACAAAAAAAUUUUAUCCAUUCGGAAAUUAAAUUGUAUGUAUAGCAGCCACGGGCAAAAAAAAACGGAAAUAUUAUAUAAUAAAUUCCAAAAAGUCAAACUCACCGAUACAGGAUGGGUCUCGAUUUUAUGGACGAUACUGCUGUUGAUUAUGAGAAUGCCUUGGUACAAGCCGGUUUUGGAAAAUUCCAUUAUUUACUUCUUACAAUCAGUGGGAUGAUUUAUUUAAAUACAGCUAUUGGUGUUACCAUUUUAUCAUUUGUAUUACCAUCGGCAACAUGUGAUUUUCAUAUGUCAUCAGUUGAUAAAGGUUGGCUAAGUGCUUCACCAAUGUUAGGAAUGUUAAUUGGCUCAUAUUUUUGGGGUUGUUUAGCUGAUACAAAAGGAAGAAAAAUUGUUUUAAUUGCAACAUUAAUAUUAGAUGGUAUUUGUGGUUUAAUAUCAUCUAUAGCUCCAGUUUAUAUAGUAUUUUUAAUAUUAAGAUUUUUUAAUGGAUUUGGGGUGGCUGGUGCUAUGGGAAUUGUUUUUCCAUAUUUAGGUGAAUUUCAACCAACAAAAUAUCGAGAAAAAAUUUUGUGUUGGAUGGAAUUGUUUUGGGUUGUGGGUAUAAUUGCUUUACCAGCGAUUGCAUGGUUAAUUAUUCCAGCUAAUAUAAAUUUAGAAUCAGGAAAUUUUUUUUUCCACAGUUGGAACCUGUUCGUAGCUAUUUGUGCAGUUCCAAGUCUUAUACUCGGCAUAUGGUUAUUAGCUUUUCCGGAAAGUCCAAAAUUUCUUUUGGAACAAGGGGAACCAGAUGAAGCACUUGAAGUUCUAAUAAAAAUAUUUCAACAGAAUACAGGAAGAAGCCGUGACGAAUAUCCAAUAAAAAGCUUAAAAGAACCAAAUAAAUUACAAGUAGAAUUAAUAACAAAAUUUAAACCAAUUAGACAAUUAAAACUUAGAAGACCAAAAGAAUUAAAAAUUCUUUUAGGAGAAGUUUGGCAACAAACAAAAAUGUUAUGUAAACCGCCACAUUUAAAAAAUACGGCUGUUACAUGUGCUAUUCAAUUUUGUUUAACUUCGAGUUACUAUACUUUAAUGGUUUGGUUUCCAGAAUUAUUUUCUCGUUUUGAAUAUUUUGAAAAAGAAUUUCCAGAUAGAUCUGCAUCUGUAUGUGAAGUUUCAGCUGCAAUGUUUGGAAACGAGACUUCAACAAUGGAUUGCAAUUCUCAGGUGGAUAAUGAAGUAUUUUUUCAUACAUUAAUUAUUGGUUUAGCUUGCAUACCCACAAGUUUCUGGUUACCACUUUGUGUUCACCGGUUGGGAAUUAAAUUUUUUUUAGUGUUUAGUUUACUUGCUGCUGGUACAGUUACUGGAGGACUUUACUAUGUUAAUAAUUCUUUACAAAAUCUUAUAUUAUCAUGUAUAUUUGAAGCUUUAACAUCUUUAAGUAUCAGUACUGUUUAUUGUGUAAUGGUGGAUUUGUUUCCAACUAAUUUAAGAGUAAUGGCAGCAGCAUUAUCAAUGACAUUUGGCCGCGGAGGAGCGUUAGUCGGGAAUCUUUUGUUUGGCUUUUUAAUUGAUUUGAAUUGUGUGGUGCCAAUAGUACUAUUCGCUGCAAUGCUUUUCAUAAGCGGAUUUUGCUGUUUAUUGUUACCAAGUACUGGUGGUCAAGCAUUAGAUUAAAAAAGAAAUGUAGCUGUACCUUUAUUAAUAUUAUAUAAUAAUUAAGUGAAUAGUAUCAUAAAGAAAUAAAAUAUAUCCUACCUACCUAACAUAAACAUAUACAUAUUUAUAAUUAGACUAUAAAUUAUUGUUGUAGUAAUAUUCAAUUUCCAAAAUUCAAUUAAAAUUAUAUACGUAAAAUUGAUUUUGAUUAGAAAUUUAAAAUAUUACAAUUAAAUUAAUUUUAUUUUUAAUAGAGUGGAGUAUAAUUUUUAUUUUAUAUAAAUUUUAUGUAAUUAGCGAAUGAAAUUUGUAAAUAAAAUUAUGUAGAAAAAAUUAGAAUAAGGAAUGUGAUAUUUAACAUAUCAUUCAAAUUGUGUAUAAAAUAAAACAAGUAAAAAGACAGUAA